UUUGAUGGCGUAAUAUUUUUCUGUCUGUUAAAGUAACUUUCACUUUCAUUUAGGCGAUUAAGCUAGUCCACUUCCAAGAAACAUCAGCGGGGCAAGUACACUAGGGGAUCGAUCGUCAGCCUAUAUCUUUGAAUUCAGAGCCGAAAUGGGCAGAUCCGGGAGAUUCUUCCCAUUGGUGUUCCAGGACGUUGGGGGGGCAGACACGAUGUUGAAUAGCCGCCUAACCAAAAAAGGCUUGACUAAAGUUGGCUCACAGAAGGAGAGUGAUUUCAAUCUGGUUUUCUGUCCAGUAGUUUCUCGAUUGGGGACCGAUAUGGAAGCCCUAAUGUUGAAGAUUCCAUCUGGUAAACAGGCCAUCCUGGUGGUGCUGCAUCACACCUUUGACCCAGACUACACUGUACCUGACAGCAGCAGACAUGUGACCCACAGUAAUGUCAUUCUCACCGUGGACUGUCUGUUCCACAAAACCGAAGGAGGACUCCUGAAAUGUUCUCAAAACGACAAAGCUGUUUCUGAGAUUCUGAAACAAUGCCAACCUGAGGAUGUCCAGGAUGCACCACCCACAGAUAGUUCCUGCAUUUCUGUGGAAAAGCACAUGAAGAAAUUCUUCGUCGUGAUGGGGAACACCCGCGAUUUUCAAACACAGUUUAUCCAGCGUCUUAUUGAGCAACGCCUUGUUGAGGUGAAUUUAGUAGAUUGUGAUUUCAUCCUGGCUUUCUGUCCAAUCAUUUUGGGAGCUGGGAUGGAUGUUCAGGAAGCCAUGCUUAAAAUCCCAGCUGGCAAACCAGUCAUCCUGGUGAUGUUGCAUCACACCUUCAACCCAGACUACACUGUACCUUACAACAGCAGACAUGUGACCAGUAGUGAUGUCAUCCUCACAGUGGACUGUCUGUCUGACUGUAACGGGCUACUGGAGUGUCGCCAGAAUGAAGAAGCUGUCAAGGAAGUGUUGAAGAAGCUGAACAGGCGUCCUGAGAAAAUCAAAGGGAAACCAUAUGAACAGAAGAAACUUGGCCAACCUACCAAGAAGAGAAGAUAAGUGAUCUUAUCUUAAUGCACUUACAGUGUGCUCAAGGGUGCCGUGUGUAUAUCGAACUACAUGCUAAAUAUUAGCCAAUGAUUCCUUUAACAAAUGUAACAUUACAUCAUGUGUAAUUCUGCACAUCUAAAAAAAUAAAAUAACAAGAAAACUCCUCAAUGGUGUGAUACAUAAUGUAAAGCAUCUUGUCUAAAUCAUCUUGGGAGUUGUUGAAACCAUAUUCUCUAAUAUUCAAGUUAGGCAGCGGAGUUGGAGCUCUGCACAGUUGGUUUUACUGUUUGUAACAAGUGUAUCAAGGAAAUGGUCCACACCAACAACAAAGGACUACACGAAGACAAAGGGAAAUUGAAAACAGUAACUGCACUGAUAGAAAAUAAAACUAAUACUCUUGUGGAGAAUGUGAAUUGUCAUUGGGUUUGUGUCUAUCUCUCUUGAACCAUGAUAACAUUCUGUAUGAUUGGCACUGGAACAUCACAGCUAUACUUAUAUCUGAUUGUCUGUUGCUUGGGUUAAUUCAUUAACAGGCAUGGAGUCGAUCAAAGUAUAGAAACACAUGAUUUAUUUUAAUCAUUAGGGUCCUAAAUCAUUAAAUAUAUAUUGUCUUGUAAACUAGUCUCAAUGAACAUUUAAAAGUUGGUGUGUUUUUGUGUUGAAGAAGCUUGAUUGAUAUUUAUAGUAUUUGUUUAUUGUGCAUUUGAAUGUGUGAAAUACAUUUGUCAUGAAGUU